AUGGAAAAACAAAGCACUAUUUUAAAGCUGCAGAAUUACAUUGGAGGGAAAUUUGUCCCCAGCAGAUCCUACAUUGAUUCUUUUGAUCCUUCUACAGGCAAUAUCUUCUGUAGAGUACCUGAUAGCGACAAUGAAGAGGUCAAUGCUGCAGUCCAUGCUGCCAAAGCUGCGUUUCCCAUUUGGUCGUCUUUGAGCCCUCAAGACAGAUCUGCAAUUAUGAAUAAGCUAGCGGACCUGAUCGAGAGACGCAUGGAUGAGUUUGCACAAGCAGAAUCAAAAGACCAAGGGAAAACACUGACAUUUGCUCGAACUGUAGAUAUACCCCGUUCAGUGUAUAACUUUCGCUUCUUUGCCUCCUCCAUCCUGCACCAUACCAUGGAGUGUACACAGAUGGACCACCUGAACUGCAUGAAUUAUACAGUGCGCACACCUAUUGGAGUUGCUGGAUUAAUCAGCCCCUGGAAUCUGCCCCUCUAUCUACUUACCUGGAAAAUUGCUCCUGCUAUAGCAUGUGGGAAUACGGUUGUGGCAAAGCCAAGUGAAAUGACCUCUCUUACUGCGUGGAUGAUGUGCAAUUUAUUGGAGGAAGCAGGUAUCCCACCAGGUGUCAUCAAUAUAGUGUUUGGCACUGGCCCGAAAGCUGGAGAGGCUCUUGUGUGCCAUCCUGAUGUGCCUCUCAUCUCCUUUACUGGAAGCACUGUGACUGCUCAACGCAUCAUUGAGAGGAGUGCCCCAUACUGUAAAAAGCUGUCACUGGAGCUUGGAGGAAAGAAUCCAGCCAUCAUAUUUGAAGAUGCAAACCUAGAGGAUUGUAUCACUACUACUGUUCGCUCCAGUUUUUCCAAUCAGGGGGAGAUUUGUCUCUGCACAAGCAGGAUUUAUGUUCAGCAUUCACUCUAUGAAGAGUUCCUCAAGAGAUUUGUAGAAGCUACCAGAAAAUGGAAGGUCGGAAUCCCAUCUGAUCCGUCAGCCAGCAUGGGAGCUUUGAUCAGUCAGAACCAUUUAGCAAAAGUAAAAGGCUAUGUGAAAAAGGCUUUAGAGGAGGGAGCUACUGUUGUUUGUGGAGAAGGUGAGGAUAUAUUAAACAUCCCACCAGAAAACCAGGGUGGCUACUUCAUGUUGCCUACAGUGAUAAUCGGGCUGAAAGAAACAUCUUGUUGUAUGCAAGAAGAGAUAUUUGGACCGGUCACAUGUGUUGUUCCUUUUGACACAGAAGAAGAGGUUAUUGAAAAAGCCAAUGGAGUCAAAUAUGGCCUGGCUGCUACUAUAUGGACAAGAGACGUGGGACGUGCCCACCGUGUUGCUAAGAGAUUGCAGUCAGGUCUUGUAUGGGGACCAAUUGUUGGCUUGUGA